AUGGUGUUCGAGUGCCAGCACACCCACGUCGUCUCGCUGACCAACCCAGUGGAGAACGGCGUAAUCAAGUCCUCCACCUACCUGGCGGAGGAGGCGGGGUGGAAGCGCCGCUUCGGCGGCAUGGCGGUGAAGACUGAGGGCGUCAGCGAGGCGCACGCCAAGCUCUGGCUGCGACGCCUCAGCCUGCGCGGCGGGGUCGGCCCCCUGCCCCGCCCCGUCUGGCACUGGCACUACGCUGCCUGGCCCGACCACGGCGUGCCGGCGUCGCCGGAGGCGCUGCUGCGGCUGGUGGGCGAGCUGGCCCCCGUGCAGACCCCCAUCCUCGCCCACUGCUCUGCCGGCAUCGGGCGGUCUGGCGUGUUUGCGGUGCUGCUGGUGGCCGUGCGCCGGGCGGAGGCCGCGCUGAGCGGCGCGCGCCCCGCCAGCGCAGAGGACCUGGCCGACCUGCGCGGCCUGGUGGCCGCGUGUCGUGCCCAGCGUGCGGGGUGCGUGCAGACUCUGGCCCAGUACGCCUUUGUGCACACGGCCCUCAAGCGCUGGGCGGGCGAGCGCCUGGGGGAGGCGGAGGACCAGGGCGCGUGA